GGCCAGGGGGCAACAGCUCCAAGAGCAGAGCUGGGUGGCAGCAGUCUUACCCAUGCCAGGAAUUCCUAAACAGUCCCCAACUAGGCCCCAUCUUAAAGUAGCACCAGCAGCAGACAGCAGACAGGGGCUGUUGGGGAUUUCCCACCAUGACUAUGUUGCUGGCUUAUGGAUUCCACACAGGCAGGGGGUGAUUCUGACACCUCUCCUAACUUGGCAUCCAGAGUGGCUUCCCCUCUUACCCACCCCUACGUAUGCUACUGGGCAUUCAGACACCAUGGUGUUAAGGAUGGUAUGAAAACCUCAGUAUGAUGGAGAGGAAAAAGGAACCAGAGGAAAAAGCAGACCUUUUUAACAAUUUCUUUGCCUCCAUUUUUUUGUGCAGGGACCAGGACUCCCCCACUGAGAUUCGGGACAGACCCAGGAGAGACUCCACCAGACCUAGAGUCAGGGAGGACCGAGUUAGAGAACUUCUGGAGGGGCUGGGCAUGUUCAAAUCAGCAGAUCAUGGCAGAAGAGGGCUCAAAAUAUGGAAAGGAUUUUCUGUACUUAUAAAACUGAUGGCUGACUAGUUUAUGGAUUGCUGCUUCUCUUGCCUGUUUGACUGGCCCACAUGGUACAGUCAGAGUUUUGGCUGAUUGGCAGCCAUGCAUCAUCUUUUUGGGCUGGUUUUGGGACAAAAGGAUCUUUCGCGUGCAGGGGACCUGUUUUCCUUGGAUGAUGCUGAGAUAGAAGGAAGUCUAUCAGAAGCUCUUGAACAAAUAAGAAUAAUUAGUUCAUCUUCGGACUACCAAACUAAUGACAAUGAUCAGGCUGUGGUAGAAAUCUGUAUCACCCGAAUCACUACUGCCAUCAGAGAGACAGAGUCUAUAGAAAAACAUGGGAAGGCACUUGUGGCUCUCUGGGAAUCAUGCUUAGAGCAUAAACUUAAACCUUCAGGAAAAGAUGAGGAUACACCACAUGCAAAAAUUGCAUCUGAUAUCAUGAGUUGCAUCUUGCAGAAUUAUAAUCGACCUCCAAUAAUGGCUUUAGCUGUCCCAGUGGCAGUAAGAUUUCUCCAGAGGGGUAACAAGGAACUGUGUAGGAAUAUGUCAAGUUAUCUGUCCUUGGCUGCAAUUAGCAACGUUGAUCUGCUGGUUGAUCACACCGACGCAAUUGUGAAAAGUGUCCUCCAAGGAAACUCCAUGUUGCUGCGUGUGUUGCCCUCUCUCUAUGAAAAGCAACCACAGUCAAUUAAUAGCCAUCUAAAGGAGCUGGUGGCACUGAUGUCUCAGCUGGAGCAAGCAGAACAGCACCACCUUCUAAGAGUAUUUCAGGUAGUGGCGAGGAGAAAACAACCUGAGGUGUUAAAAGAGUGCAUUCCAUUUCUAAUUAGCCACUUAAGAGACCCUCAUCAUAAUGAUAUUAUCCUAAAUAUACUUAUAGAAAUAUCAGACUAUGAACCAGUAGCCUUGGCCAGUUCUCUUCCAAUGCUGAAAGAGAUUGGUGAGAGUUUUCCAAGUCUGAUUGGACAGAUGUCAAAGAUCUUUGGAGCUGUUGGGCAUCUUGAUGAGGAAAGAGCCAGGAUCUGUCUGGUCUAUUUGGUAAAUCAGCUAGCCAACAUGGAGCAUUCAUCUCACCAUAUCCUUCUGCUGGAAAUUAAGAGUAUCACCGACACCUUCUCAAAUAUCCUAAGCACCCAGAGCAGAGAUAUCUACCGUAUGAGCAACAGUUUCACUGCCAUAGCCAAGCUUCUCAUCCGACAGCUAGAAAAUGACAACAGAUCAGGAACCAGGAUAGAAAAUUAUGCUGAUACAGAAUCUUCUGUUCAACUGGAUGAUUUAAAACCUGUUAUGAAUGGAAAUGAAGAGAAUGAAAAGCUUCAAGUUAAAAUACAGGCUUUUGAAGAAAAAAUAAGUAUCGACAAUAAUACUCCUGGCUCUGUGCGCAGAUACAGUGUUGGCCAGUUUUCUAAAGAAGAAAGGAAGGAAAUGCGAUUUAAUAGGUCCAAAAGUCUAGCUUUUCAUGCUAUCCGCACAAAGGUGACAAAUUCUGACAGUGGACAAGAUAUAGAGAAUGGAGACAUGACAUCUGGCAUCUCAUUCACUGAAAUCUAUCUGAACCAAGAAAAUGACAAGUCACCUUUUAGUAUAGACACUGAAGAAGCACAGCCAGACAAUUCUUUCAUUUUGCAUCCAAAUAUCAAAUACCCAGAAUCAGAAAAUUUACCAGAAUCUCUUAAAGAAACUAGCCAUGAAAGAAGUACAGAGACGGUAAAAAAUUCUGAGGAAUACCAGGAUAAGCUCUAUAUGCAUUUAAAGGAAAAUCUCAGUAAAGUGAAGGCAUAUCUUGUGGAGAUUGGGAAGAAAAUUCCUAUCCCAGAUCAAUGUGUUAUUGAAGAUACUGUUAGAAGUUGUGUAGCAAAGUUGUUCUUCAGCUGCCCCCUGAAGGGUCAUUACUGCCUAUACAGUAAAUCCAGUUUUACCCUCAUCAGCCGACAGCCUCAGCUAUGGAUCCAUAUCAUGUUUCUCUUUCAGCAGAGCUUGUUUCCAGAGCCUUUGUCCAUACAGAGUAACCCUGUGCAAGUUCUUAAAGCCCUGUGGGAAAAAACACAGCUGAAAGGUACACACAGUUUUGAAAAUACAAUGAUUCAGUCUACAUUUCCACACCAAAAGGAUCUGGACCAUGUACGGAUGCAUCUGGAAGAAGUGAGGUUCUUUGAUUUAUUUGGCUACAGUGAGGAAACAGGAACUUGGCAGUGUUUCAUGUGCAAUAAUCCUGAAAAAGCAACAGUUGUAAAUCAAGAUGGCCAGCCUCUAAUUGAAGGCAAACUGAAGGAGAAGCAAGUCCGAUGGAAGUUUAUCAAGAGGUGGAAAACUCGCUAUUUCACUCUUGCUGGCAACCAGCUUCUCUUUCGCAAAGGCAAAUCUAAAGAUGAUCCAGAUGACUGCCCUAUUGAACUCAGCAAGGUACAGAGUGUAAAGGUGGUGGCCAAAAAGCGCAGGGAUCGCAGCCUUCCUCGAGCCUUUGAAAUCUUCACUGACAAUAAGACAUAUGUUUUCAAGGCCAAAGAUGAGAAAAAUGCUGAAGAGUGGCUUCAGUGCAUCAAUGUAGCUGUCGCACAAGCUAAAGAAAGGGAAAGCAGAGAGGCAACGACCUAUCUGUAAGACUGUUGGUGUGUCUAAUGCUGAACUUUCAUGCCGGCAUUUGAAAAGCAAAAAUUCUUCAUCCUGUUUAAUACAGAACUGAACAAAGUGUUAAGAACAAGCCUAGGUCCCAGUCCUGCAGCCCUUACUCAUAGGAGUAGUCUCUGGUAUCAGUGGUGUUGAUGGUUCUGGGAGCACUUACUGCAAAGGCUGCAGAAUCGGGCCCCUGUGCAAUUACUGUUGGCAACAAAUGGCUCAGAGCAACCCAUGAGAAUCCAAAUCUUGAGAAGUGAACAUCUUUCCAAAGGCAAGUGAUAUCAGUUGGCAAGAAAGGUUCCUCUGGACAUGGAUGGAAAUGAUAUAACUACUUGCACAUUUGUCAGCAUAUGAAGAACUACACACACACACUAGAAUGCAGAAGUAGCUGGGUAACAUCUUUCCUCAUGUGCACAUUUACAUUUUUCCUCCCUCUGUUUCAAAUGCAGCCAAUUUAGAAUAUUAACCUCUGCUCAAAGUAAAGCAGUUAUGUAAUAAAAUUUAGUGUUCAAAGCUCUUUCUGACUUUAUCUUUUCAAAGUGAUCCAACACAGACUAAAAUAUCGAUGUGAAUGUAGUGUUAUUGUUAGUGUAUUUCAUUUUAUCCUUUUGUCAAAAUGGAUAAACAACUUUCAAAUCUAUUCCAGACAAUAACAUUUGCAAACUAUCCACUAUUUUUAUGUGCUGUCGUUUGUAUGAUCAAAAACCAACCACGGCUACAUUUUGCUGCCUUUUCUCUCUCUUUCUUCAUUUUUCAUAAAAUCUCUACAUGUAAAAUAAUAUCUUUUUUUCUGGCUGCACUAUCCACCUCUAUGAAAGUUAACCAUCUCUUUUAUUAUUUGAGUCUGUCAAAAAAUGUCAAGGUCAAAGCUGUUCCCUUGUUUGCAAUUUAAAGGUUGUUUUUAAAAUUCCUGCCCUAUAUAUUUUUGAAAUGUUUGAAUUAAAAAAAAAAAUCCUCUUCCCCUACAUUUUUCCCAUGUUGCCACUCAAUGCAAGCAAGUGAUGGAUGUUUUUCCAUUUAAAAAACAUCAUUUUUCUUUUUUCACUUUUCAAAACUUCUCCAAAUUUGGAAAGUUUACAGAAUUGCAUGUUUCCUUUUACCACCCUAGAAUUUUUUCCCAAGGUUGGAGGAGGGUAGAAAUGAUUCAGAACAACAAAAGGAAAAAGGAACCAUAGCCAAGUAAAAUGCGUUUGGUAAAGGUCAUGCAUUCUGUUGUUUUCAGUGGGGAAAAAGGGCACGGAGGAGUGUAAAGAAAUUAACAACGUUCAUUGUGACUAACAGCUAGAAAGUCAUGAAUGAUUUUUUCAAUAUGCAUUUCUUUCAUAAAAGUUUUAAUUUCCAAAAAGACCAUUUUUCUCAAGAAAAUACAUUAAUAUGACAAAUUUGAAUUGUUAUUUUUCUUCAAGAUGGAGGUAUAAAGUCUCCAUAGUAGAGAUGUUAAUGUUUUCCUGCUAAUAUGUGUACUUAACCAAACUAGAAAGUAAAUAAUGUGGAAAAUAAAUUUAGAUUGAAAUACACUGAGCAAUAUUUACCCAUGUCACAUUUUCAUUAACAACAGUAGAGUUGCACAAGGUAUGGCUUGCUGGGUUAAUGUUACUUUCCAAAGGCACUGACAUAGGACAAACAGAAAUAUUUUCUUUGCAGUGGAUUCAGCAGGUGUUGGCGAUGGAUAACCCAGACUCUUUCCACAAUAUGCCAUGGAGUGUGUCAUCCCUAGGAAGUCCAACCAGACAGUGCUGUGAGAAGGGCAUGGGAGAAAGUUUUGCUAAGUCAGCUUUAUUUCACUUGCUCUGAUUGUCACAGAUGGUAUCAGCUUUGCUUGCAGCUGUAAACUGGCACAGAGUAUACUGUUUCAUGCAAAGUAAUAGCCUCUGACAAGGUAGGCUGUUGCUUACAACAGCUCAUGUCUCUCUGGACCAGUUUUGUAAACUUAUCUGCAUCUGUUACCCCUGUGUAUAAUGCUUUUAAAAGAGACUCUGGUAUGGGCAAAAGCUUGAAAAUACCACAUAAAUCUGAAUGUAUAGCCUGAUCUAUUACAGAGAUACUGAGGACCCUCAGCUCUUGGCUUCAGUGAGAGUGGCGUAGGAGGUCAGAAGCUCUAAAAAUCAAGCUCUGACUAGUUCAAACUGUUAUUUUGUCUGGAUUUAAGUCCUUUGACAUCUUGGAUGAAAUGAGCUUUGGUAGCUGUUGGAGUGAAGUUAAAAGUCUGAGUUGGGAACACCAACUGCUUUAUCUGUCUGCCUGAAUUUUCUGUGCAGGCCAAAAUGAAUUUUUUCCCAUCCCAUCAUCAUUGCAGCAAUGAGUUCAAGCAUAAGAAGGCAGAGUGUAUCCAAGCAAAGGAUGUAACAGAUUCAGGAGGGAUCCAACCCAAAGAGUGUAUUUUAUUUUUCUUAACAUGAACUUUGUUUUUUGUUGUUGUUGCUGGUUUUCUGAAUGUUGCUGCCAUUGAGUGUGUUUAAUCAGUUUCUGGGCUAGAUUUUCCAAGUAGCCUCUAUAUGUGUCCUGAAAAAUUUGCCUACAUUUACAUAUGCACAAAUCUGCAUAUAAAAGCAAAUAUAACAUACUUUUGUAGAUGGGUGUCCACUCAAAAGCACAAGUUCCUAUUUGUGCUUGCACAUUUAUGGAGCAAUAUAUAGGGCUCCUCAUUUACAAUUUCCUUUUGCUAUAAGCAUGACUGCCAAGCAGUCCAUGCUUGUACAGUGAGUGAAUUUGUUGUGUACUAAAUGCUGCUGUCUGCCUUGGAAUCCUCUCAACGCCCCAGAGCCCUGCAAUUUGUUUCCCAGUGGAUGUAAUGCUACAAUGUGACAAUGGGUUUGUGUUCAAAUUAAGUCUAAAAAAAACCAGGGGGAUUACUUUUCCAUAAUCCAGGAAUGUAAGAAGUGCUCUUACUGGGUUAAAGUGAAGGUCCAUCUAGCCCAGCAUCCUGCCUCUGACAGGAACUGGAACUGGCUGCUUCAGAAAACGGGAUAAGAUCUCUCGUGGCAUACAGAUGUUUGGGAAUCUCUCACACCCUUGGUUUUAUCUGGUUGCUGAUACUUAAAUGUUAACUGAAGUUCUAAAGCAUAAGGAUUAAUAUCCUUUCCAUGCCUUUUGUCAUUGCUAACUGUGCUACAGAUAGGUCUGUAUAGGGCAGCUGUAGUGAAGAGUGAGAGAGCACCACGGAACCUAUCUGAACUGACUCAUUUAAU